AGAACAUGCUGCACAACUCGCUCUACGUCAACUUUCUGCUGACGGGGCUGGUGGCCCAGCUGGCCUGCUACCCCCAGCCCCUGCUGCGCUCCUUCCUCCUCAACACCAACAUGGUCUUCCAGCCCAGCGUCAAGUCCCUGCUGCAGGUCCUCGGCUCGGUGAAGAACAAGAUCGAAAGCUUUGCCGCCAGCCAGGAGGACUUCCCGGCUCUGCUCUUCAAAGCCAAGAAGUACCUGAUCGCCCGGGGGAAGCUGGACUG